AGUGAAAACUCACCUUCAUUUGGGUUCUGCAUUUGGUUAUGUAGGUCACAGAGCCUAAGGCAGUGGGAGGGGUCUGGUGUCACAGGUGUAGCAGUCUGACACAGUGAGGGUGCUUCAUGGGAUUUCCUGUCUUUGCCUCACCUGCAAUUAACCUAGCACAUAAUAAACUUCGGCCCAGCAUGAUCACAUAUCACUGGUGCCUCAGCUGCACACCUGUGUGUACAUCAGUAGAGCUGAACAGCCUGAAAACUGCUGUUCUUUAGUCCAUGGCUUGAGGUUUAAAUUUUUGAAGUACAAGAUGGAAACAGAAAGUGAGGGUAGCCCUUCAGGAGAUGACAGUGUCUUUUUGUUGGAUUCAGAAGUUAUAACCCAGGUGACUGACAAUGAAGAGGGAGAAAGCGAAGAAGAUUUCAGGAAGAUGAAGUCCUCAGGACAUUCUGAAGAGGAUGAUUUUGUUCCAGAACUACACAGAAACGUUCACCCUCGAGAGCGGCCUGAUUGGGAAGAAACACUUAGUGCAAUGGCAAGAGGAGCAGACAUUCCAGAGAUUCCUGGAGACCUUAGUCUUAAGACAUGUGGCAGUACAGCCAGUAUGAAGGUGAAACAUGUGAAAAAGUUACCCUUCACUAAAGGUCACUUUCCGAAGAUGGCUGAAUGUGCACAUUUCCAUUAUGAGAACGUUGAGUUUGGCAGCAUACAGCUUUCACUUUCAGAAGAACAGAAUGAAGUGACAAAAAAUGGCUGUGAAUCUAAAGAGCUGGUCUACCUCGUGCACAUUGCUUGUCAGGGCAAAAGUUGGAUCAUUAAAAGAAGUUAUGAAGAUUUUCGGGUACUUGAUAAACAUCUUCAUCUGUGUAUUUAUGACCGACGAUUCUCCCAGCUCUCAGAGCUUCCCCGUUCUGAUGCCCUGAAGGACAGUCUAGAGUCAGUCACUCAGAUGCUUAUGGCUUACCUGUCCCGCCUUUCAGCUAUUGCUGGCAACAAGAUCAAUUGUGGACCUGCCCUUACUUGGAUGGAGAUUGAUAAUAAGGGAAAUCACCUUCUAGUUCAUGAAGAAUCAUCCAUUAACACUCCUGCUGUUGGUGCUGCCCAUGUUAUCAAGAGGUACACUGCUCGGGCCCCGGAUGAAUUGACCUUAGAGGUGGGAGACAUUGUUUCUGUUAUUGACAUGCCCCCAAAAGUGUUAAGCACGUGGUGGAGAGGCAAGCAUGGAUUUCAGGUGGGACUCUUCCCUGGACACUGUGUUGAGUUAAUUAAUCAGAAAGUUCCCCAGUCGGUGACCAACUCAGUGCCAAAACCCGUAUCUAAAAAGCACGGCAAGCUCAUUACUUUCUUACGGACAUUCAUGAAGUCUCGUCCAACAAAACAGAAGUUGAAGCAGCGUGGGAUCUUGAAAGAAAGGGUAUUUGGUUGUGACCUGGGGGAGCACCUUCUGAAUUCUGGUUUUGAAGUGCCCCAGGUUCUUCAAAGCUGUACGGCGUUCAUUGAGAGAUAUGGCAUCGUGGAUGGAAUAUAUCGUCUCUCUGGCGUUGCCUCCAAUAUCCAGAGACUACGCCAUGAAUUUGACUCUGAACAUGUUCCCGACCUGACAAAAGAACCCUACGUUCAGGACAUCCAUUCCGUGGGCUCCCUGUGUAAGCUGUAUUUCCGAGAGCUCCCAAACCCUUUGCUCACCUACCAGCUGUAUGAGAAGUUUUCUGAUGCUGUUUCAGCAGCAACAGAUGAAGAAAGGCUGAUAAAAAUUCAUGAUGUCAUCCAGCAGCUCCCCCCUCCACACUAUAGAACGCUGGAGUUCCUAAUGAGACACUUGUCUCUUCUAGCUGACUAUUGUUCCAUCACAAAUAUGCAUGCAAAAAACCUAGCAAUUGUUUGGGCUCCAAACCUGCUAAGAUCAAAACAGAUAGAAUCGGCCUGCUUCAGUGGGACAGCAGCUUUCAUGGAAGUGAGAAUUCAGUCUGUCGUUGUUGAGUUCAUCCUCAAUCAUGUUGACGUCCUUUUCAGUGGGAAGAUCAGCGCGGUCAUUCAGGAAGGGGCAGCUUCUCUAUCAAGACCCAAGUCCCUGCUGGUUUCAUCUCCAUCCACCAAACUGCUGACACUGGAGGAGGCCCAGGCACGAACACAGGCUCAGGUCAAUUCUCCAAUUGUGACUGAAAACAAAUAUAUCGAAGUAGGAGAAGGACCUGCUGCACUUCAGGGAAAAUUUCACACCAUAAUUGAGUUCCCACCUGAAAGGAGGAGGCCUCAAAAUAAAAUGAAAAAGUCUCCUGUGGGCAGCUGGCGUUCCUUUUUCAACCUGGGGAAAUCAUCAUCUGUUUCUAAACGAAAGUUGCAGCGCAAUGAGAGUGAGCCUUCAGAGAUGAAAGCCAUGGCUCUGAGAGGCGGCAGGGCAGAAGGGACCUUGCGCUCAGCUAAGAGUGAGGAGUCUCUGUCUUCUCUCCACGCAGCCGACGGUGAUUCCAAGCUGUUCCGACCCAGAAGACCCAGAUCUAGCAGCGAUGCCCUGAGUGCCUCUUUUAAUGGAGAGAUGCUGGGGAACCGCUGUAAUUCCUACGAUAAUCUGCCUCACAACAAUGGAAGUGAGGAGGAAGUAGGGCUGCUGCACAUUCCGGCUCUCGUGUCUCCUCAUUCAGCUGAGGAUGUUGAUCUGAGCCCACCAGACAUCGGGGUAGCCAGCCUGGAUUUUGAUCCGAUGUCAUUUCAGUGCAGUCCUCCUAAGGCCGAAUCAGAAUGUCUGGAGAGUGGGGCUUCCUUUUUAGACUCAUUGGGAUACUCCAAGGAUAAACAGGGUACCAACAGAAAGGACACAGAAGCAGGUGGUAGCCAGUCUCAGACUCCAGGAAGCACUGCAAGUUCUGAACCUGUCUCACCUCUUCAGGAGAAACUGAGUCCAUUCUUUACCCUGGACUUGAGCCCAACUGAAGAGAAACCAUCUAAGCCAGCCUCGUUCACUGAAAAGGUCGUCUAUGCUUUCUCUCCAAAGAUUGGACGGAAAUUAAGCAAAUCCCCCUCUCUGAACAUAUCUGAGCCAAUUUCAGUGACCCUUCCCGCUCGGGUGUCGGAAGUCAUCGGUACCGUCGCAAACACAGCAGCCCAGAAUGCACCUUCUCCAGCUUGGAACAAAAGUGGCGAAGAAAGUGAUGUCAUAAAUAGAUCCCCCACCCAGGUAGUAAAGAUAAAAGCAAACGAGAGAGAGGCCCAGGAAGGGUGUGAGUCUGAAGUCCAGCCCCUGGACCAGGUGGCUGCUGCAGACGCAGACCCGCCAGGGAAGGAGGAGCCUGCCUCAAGCAGUCAGAGUAAGGCUGUACCUUCUGGACAGACUCAGACAGGAGCAGAUACCCAUGACCCCCCUCAGGAUUCCGUUCCUGUAAGUUCAGUCUCUCUUAUCCCACCACCACCGCCUCCGAAAAAUGCUGCCCGCCUGUUGGCGCUGGCCUUAGCUGAGUCUGCACAGCAAGCCUCGACCCAGUCAUUGAAGAGACCGGGCGCUUCCCAGGCUGCUUGUACACAUUAUGGAGACACAGCAGUGGCUGCGACUGAAGAGAAACUGCCUACUGCCUACUCUAGUGCUACCUUAGAUAAAGCCUAUUUCCAAACCGAUAGGCCAGCUGAGCAGUUCCACCUCCAGACCAAGGCCUCCGGAAACUGUGACCAGCCAGCACCGGAUACGGCAGCUACUGGGGUUUAUACCCAUUCCAGCGCCACUGAAUCUGGGGAGCAUCGACACCCAGCAGACAUACCAGGCGAUCAGCCGCCUCGAAUCUAUUUAUCUGGGGACCCAGAAAAGGCCAGAGUCACUUCAGUUCCCUUAAUAGAUUCUGAGUCUGAUGUUCACAUAAGUUUCGCUGAAGACCAGUCUGUGAAGACCAGUAUGCCGACUGUCUCCUUUGUGGGCCAGGAUCAGCUUCGUUUCUACAGUGGAGACCAGCCUCCUUCUUAUCUUGGUGCAAGUGUGGAUAAGCCCCUUCACCCUUCAGAACUUGCAGACAGAGCUCCCGCACCUUCUAAUUUGCCUAGGGACAAAAUCUACCCUCCUCCUGGGUCCCCUGAAGAGAAUACCAGCACAGUCCCCGUGGCCUACAUGACCACUGCUCCAGCAGCAGCUGACUUGAGCGCCAGGGAAGCCAACUGGGAUGUGGUCGAACAGCCCAGCACAGCCGGGUUCACCGCUGCCACCCUCCAGCGCGGUCACAGAACUAAUCGUCCCCUCCCCCCGCCUCCUUCCCAGAGACCCUCAGAGCAGCUCCCAGUCCUGGGGCAGGUACAAGCCGCAGCCAGUAUAGGACUAAACAACGCCCACAAGGUUCAAGGAGUAGUUCUGGCUCCAGAGAGGCCGCCUGAACCCAGAGCCCUGGGUGACCCCACGCCUGUCCUGGCCGGCGACGGUGGGGCCGCCGCGCAGUGUCCCGCCUCUGCGCCCGCUCCCCAGCCCAGCCUUCCCGAAAAGGUGCGGGAAGGUGCCAGGGCCCCCCCACUGCACCUGCGCGGUGAGCCCAUCCCCGUGCACUCCUCCUGUGGCUUCCCUACCCCGGGGCCCCCCACCAGGACCAUGGAGAAUAAAAUCGCUGCUGCCAUCCACUCCAGCUGCCCAGACACGUCCAGCAGCUCUGGGCACCACACCUUUGUCACGACUUCCUCAGCCUCCGUGGAGGACGUUUUGCCUUUACCAGUCCUUGUCCCACAAGCCAAGCAUGCCUCUCAGAAAACUGCGUAUUCCACCUUUGCUAGGCCUGAUGUCACCACUGAUCCCUUUGGUCCAGAAAACUGUUUGCAUUUCAGUAUGACUCCAAGCUGCCAGCACCGCCCCCAGAGCGUCCCCCCUCAUCACGGCAAAGUGGAGCAGCACCAAGCAUACGGCUCCAGAUCAGAGCCGCCAGCCUCCAUGGGUCCUCGUUACAACACGUACGUGGCCCCGGGAAGAAACGUGUCUGGACACCACCCGAAGCCAUGCGGCCGGGCCGAAUACGUGUCCUCCCUGAGCUCCUCCGUUAGGGGCAGUUGUUACUCCGAAGAAAUGCCCCUGUACCCCACCAUCCGCAGGGUGCAGUCUCUCCACACCCCUCCGUCGUCCAUGAUUCGCUCUGUCCCCAUUUCGAGGACAGAGGUGCCCCCAGAUGAUGAACCAGCCUACUGCCCAAGACCCCUGUACCAGUAUAAGCCAUAUCAGUCCUCCCAGGCCCGCUCAGAUUAUCACGUGACUCAACUCCAGCCUUACUUUGAGAAUGGACGGGUGCACUACCGCUACAGCCCCUAUUCCAGUUCUGGUCCCUAUUACAGCCCAGACGGGGCCCUGUGUGACGUGGAUGCCUACAGCACAGUGCAGCUGAGGCCCCUUCACCGCCUGCCCAACCGCGACUUUGCUUUCUACAAUCCUAGGCUGCAAGGAAAGAACAUGUACGGCUACGCUGCUUUGCCUUCACGUCCCCGGGCCAAUGUGACUGGCUCGUUCUCUGCUAAUGACCACAGUGUAGUCAACAUGCCUCCAGUCGCCGAGGUAAAGCACACUUACACCUCAUGGGAUUUUGAGGACAUGGAAAAAUACCGCCUGCAGUCCAUCCGGAGGGAGAGCCGUGCGCGGCAGAAGGUGAAAGGGCCUGUUAUGUCCCAGUAUGACAACAUGACCCCCGUGGUGCAAGAUGACUUGGGUGGGAUCUAUGUCAUCCACCUGCGGAGUAAAUCAGAUCCUGGGAAAACUGGACUUCUCUCGGUGGCAGAAGGAAAGGAGGGGCGGCACCCAGCCAAGGCCCUCAGUCCCGAGGGAGAUGACCGCCUCUAUAGGAAGCAUCUGGAGCCGGAGUUCGACAGAGCCCACCACCAUGGAGGACACGGCAGUGGGCAGUCAGAGAAGCCGACCCUCCCUCAGAAGCAAAGUAGCCUCAGGAACAGGAAGCUGCAUGACAUGGGUUGUAGUCUCCCUGAGCACAGGGCACAUCAGGAAGCAAGCCAUAGGCAAUUGUGUGAAUCAAAAAACGGGCCACCUUACCUACAGGGAGCCGGCCAGUUAGAUUAUGGGCCCAAAGGGAUUCCGGACACUUCUGAGACAGUCAGCUACCAUAACUCUGGAGGGAAAUAUAUUCCAUCAGGGCAGGAGUCUCUAAGACUGAACCACAAAGAGGUGAGGCUCCCCAAGGAGCUGGAGAGGCCUCGGGCUAGGCAGAUUGCAGCCCCAGAGAAACACUCCAGAGACUGCUGCAAGGAGGGGGAACUCCUCGCGCAGUCAGCAGUCCCACCCCCUAAGCCAGAGAGGAGUCACAGCCUGAAGCUCCACCAUACCCAGAACGUGGAGAGGGACCCCGGCGUGCUGUACCAGUACCAAACACACGGCAGGCGCCAGGGCAGUGGGACUGUCGGGCCCCAGUACGAUAACCUGGAGGGCUACCACUCCCCGCCCCAGCACCAGCGAGGAGGCUUCGGAGCAGCGGCGAUGGGCACGUAUGUGCCCCCCAGCUUUCCCCACCCACAGAACAGAACAUAUGCUACAGCUCUGGGGCAGGGCGCCUUCCUGCCCACAGAGCUGUCCUUGCAGCAUUCUGAGACACAGGUCCAUGCGGAAUGAGCCCCGGGAGCAAUAGAGUUGAAGCAGCCUCUGCUGGACAGUGGACUGUUCUAUUUUUUUCAGUAACCAAAAAAAAAAAAAAAAAAAAAAAAAGCUACAGAACCCCCGACCACAUUUAAAAAUUAAGAAGAAAAAUAAAUCACCAUCUUUUUCCCCCUUCCCUGCUUCAUCACCACCUCUUCCAUCUACAAACUGUCAUUUUUGUCAUUUAAAGAUCUGAAAGAUUGUACAGCACUGUGUUGAAAAUCUCAUAAAGAAAUUUGUUACAGACCAUACUUGCCAUAUAUAAGGGCUGAUUUGUAAGAGCCUGAGGACUGCCUUUAACUGAAUUUGAGUUUGACUUCGUCCUUCCUAGCAUAUUCUGUGUCCUUCAGAGCCUGAUGCCCACUUCCCUGAAGGUCUUUGUGUGUCCUGUCUGUUCCCACUUGCUUUCCCAGUAGCCAUGUCUUGCCUAGAGGGAUACCUGUUUUUCUAACUUCAUUCCCCCUGUCUUAGAAGGGGCUGUGUGUUAUAUUAGAGUGGAGAAAAACUUCUCCUUGAUCCUUCACAUAAGUCUAUUGGACAUUUAGAAAAUUAUAACAAAAAAAAAGGAAUUAAGACUUUAAGUAUUUAAUAACCAUCACAAAAUGUCAGACCACUUAGAUCCAGGCUGAACUGUGCUUGUCACACCCUUCCAUAGCUGCUCCUCGCAGCGCAGCGGGCAGACGCCUCUCACUGCAGAGGGAUUUGUAAGCUAGAAUUAAAGAACCUUCUUAGCUGGAAGUCAGUGACCUUUGUUAGUACCAGAAAACGACAUCAGUGGUUCUAAGCUGCUGCUGCCUGCCUUCAGUUCUUUUUUUUUAUUCUCAGUAAUAUUUGGUAAAUUGUGAUCCUAGUGAAAUAUUUCACACCAUUUGUUUUCCUAAAGCAACUUUUGUUUUUCAUUUUAAAAAAAAUGCAUGGUUUGACUGGAUAAACACAUAAUUUAUCAUGAUUACAAAUUUACAUGUUAAUUUGUUUUUUAAACCAGGUGUCCUGGGAAUUCUUAAAGUAGCUACAGGUUAUCUGUUAGUAAACUGAGCGUUCCUGCAAUAACCACUUAGCACAGCCCGUUUCACCUGCUGGAAUUCUGGGCAGUGACCGUUUACACCCUGAGGAAUGAACGUACUGUUUCUUCCCUCUGUCCUCGUGCGAUCACAGUCUUACUGUAAUUGCCAUCCACACCAGCAUUUCAGGUAUAGUCCUUACAACGCUGGAGACAUGUUAAACAUGUUCAUACCCAGGGCUUUCUUUUGAAAGUUGCAUUCCAUUUUCUCAACCCACCUCACCACGUAUGCCAGACUAGAAGGCAGUCCUGUAUUUAUAAAACGAGUUGAGAUUGUCAUGUCAUUCCAUAGCUCUUUAUAAUACUUGAUUUUUAUACAUUCACAUGUUUUAAAUGCUCAGUUUGUAGAAGAUACUAGGAGAAUUUCAUUCCAUUUACUGGAUGGUUGCUGCUCUGGCUUUUUAAAACUUGGAAUUAACUUUUAUUUAGAGCAAAGAAAAAUCUUUUAAGAGGCUAAAUUCAUGCUGCUAUUAUUGCUGUGAAAUUGUAUAAAGAUUAGGAUUCAUGCCAGUUUUUUUUAAUCUAAAAUAUCAUGUGAUUGCAUUUUAAGGGUUUAUAUUUAGAAAAAAAAUAAAGUUUUAAGAGCAACACAUUUAUCUAUAUGUGGAAAUACGCUGUAAGGUUUUCUUUCGUUCCCCCAGAAUUGAUCAGAGAGAUUCAACGAAGAUCAUGGUAGAAAUCCUAAAAUUAUGGAAAAGGUCUGCAGAAAUUCAGACCUCUAGAUGAAAAGUGCAGACGCACCUGGUAUAUAGUCACAGUGUUAGGGAACCUGAUAGGAUACUUCCAUUUAGCACACACACACAUCAAGAGCUCUGUGCAGGUAUUGGCUCUUCGGUGAAUAUGCGGCACUAAUAUUUUUUCAGCCACAGCCAUCUUUUUGUCAGUAGGCAAUCCAUUGUCCCCUUGAGAUAAUACAAGCCCUGUAAGCUCUCACCAACAGCAGGGAGACUAGGAAGCGGAGCUGGUGUGACCCGGGGAUACAGAUGGCUUUAGGAACUGAGAGCCUAGAAGGAUGUGGCUGAAGGUGUCCAGUUUUAACAUUUGUGGGUUUGUCACACACAUUAUUUACUCCUGAAACGAAGGUCUAUUUUAUAAAUACUAAGGUUAAUUCUUGAAGGGGGUUACUUUAUUAAAGUGCUAUGGGUUUAGAAAUGUCAGGUUAAUAUUUUGAAUACAGAAUAACGACUCAAAUUCCUGGUGUAAGUGUGAAACACAAACUUUAGGUAAAAUCUACAGUUGCUGCACUUGGUGUAGGUACAGCCUUAACUCUGGGUUCAGUUAUUUGAAGGACUUUGCCAGUAUCCUUCCCUUUCUCAUAUUGUGGGUAGACGGCAGGUCACUGUGAUCCGGUUACCUCAGUAUAAUUCACCUCGUGUGUGACUGCACAGACUGAGUAACUGUGUUGACACGGAGCAUAUUACGAUGAGAAUAUGGACCUGCCGUAUGCAUUAAACCCAGAAUUUAAUUCUGUUGGUAUUUUCACAGCCAUGUCUCCAGAUUUUAUACUUUUUGGCAAAAUUCUGAUACCACAGCUUUGUUUGAUUGAAAUAAAUAUUCCCUGGAUGUCUGGCCAGAGACUUUGCUAACAGCCCCGGAGAUGCCAUCUUCUUUCAGUAAAUUUCAUCUGAGCCUUAUCGCUUCCUGUAGUCAGUUUCCUUCCAAACAUGCAAGUCCCUGGGGAUGGUCUCAGGAUAGGGCCUGCACAUUUUUAUAAUGGCAAAGCCUUUUCUAAAAGGGUCAGGUUGAAAUAUUCUAGGACUAAUCCUGUAAAGAAGAGGGACCAUUAAUGUGAGUGGGGAUAGAAGAAUAGGCUAUCACCACAUCUGAAGCAGCAGUAGACACAUACGGUGUAAAUUGGAAAUUUGCCCUUUAGUUUAAAAAAGGAGCCUGCAAAGUCCAUAUAUCUGUUCCCAGCCCUGUCAGUCACCCAUUCAAUAUGUUGGCAAAGUAUCGUCUGAGCAGUGUGUGUAAGAAGUAAUAAUGAAAGCAAAAGGAUGUCAGAAAGUUAAUUCCAAAUGGUUAGAGGCAUGUGAUUUGUAGUACUGUGUGUGACGGAAAUGUCAGGAAUGGUAUAUUUUAACUGUGUGCAAGCUAAUGUCAGUGUGCACAGAGGGUCUUUUUUCCUUUUUCGAUUAGUGCUGUUAGUGUUCAAAGAAUAAAAAUGGUUGUUUUACAGUUUAGAUUCCAAGGUAGCAAAAUCUGAUUUUUCAACCAUCACCUGCAUGAGAGAAGCAUCCUAGGAAGUCUUAGAUCAUACUUCUGAGUUCUUAACUUUAAUUUAUAUAGUGUUUUUUUAUGUUUUAAUAUUUUUGUGAACUGGUGUAAAUUGUUAAUGCAUAUAAGCUUGUGUAUUUUUGUAAAUAGUUUGUGAUUUAUUUCUUGACCCAUAUGUAAAUAUUUAGAGUCUCAUUUCUUCAAAAGUUAUUUGAAGCUGAGUUGUGGGUUUGGGGUUUUAUUUGUUUGUUUCUUUGUUUGUUUUGGAUGGGGGUGGGGGGAGAGAAGGGAUUUUGUACUCUGAUAACCCAGAUGGAGAUACCUUGUGGUUUAAAGCAAAUGUCCCACUGAAAGCAAUUCAGAUAUCAACAAAAUUAUUUCAGGUUAAAACAGACUUCCUUGUGUAUGUGUUUCCUUUUUAACCUAAUAUGAAUUAUAACAAAAUAGAUGGGGUAAUUGGGGGUGUUCAGACCAAAAGAUUAGCAUUUGUAUGACACAGACUAUUAUACCAAAAGGAAUAUUAUUUUAUUUGAGGGAAGCGAUUUAAUGUCUCCUGUUUUUAUCUGUCACAGUAUGUUGCCUGGCCGAAUUUUCACCAGGUAAGAUGGUACCUUCAGAACUGCAGAAACCUCGUCCUGCACUGGAGGGUCUGGGCAGGCUUGCUGCACGUAGGGCUGCCCUCAGGCAUCUGUGCACUGGCCUGCCGCCUGGCUCCCAAGCUUGCGGUUUCCAGGAGGCUGAAUUGGCUUCUUAGGGUUCCCCAGAAGGGGGCUCUGAAUAACAACCAUAUUUCUAAAGAUUCCCACACAGCAUCUUGGACAUCCUGUGUACUUUGCAGAGUGAAAUGACCAGAAAAGAAUCAACUCCUACACGCAGUCACCUGUGGCCAGGUGGUUUGUGGAUAAAGAUAAAGCAUUCAGAUGUGACAGCUGCUGCCAGUAACCCACCUGCCUGAUGGGGGUCCAGACGCCUUCCUGUGCCAACGUUCUUCUCAAAAGAAAUACUUCAUAUCAACCAGGACUUUGUGAAGGAAAAAAAACAAAACACUUCAAUAUUAAGCUAUUGGAAUCCUAGUUUUCCUACUAGGAAUGAUAAAUUACAAAUUAUUCUUCAUCCUAAAAUAUUAGGGCCUGUCCCUUUUUGCCAGUAAAAGGGAAGUUGCCCGUUUAGUACAGAUGACCCUGGCGUGCCAGCCAUCUUUUAUAUAUCUGUGUACCACACUCCAGACCGGAAGCAAGAUAUAACAUCUGCUUUCAAUAAACACUCCCAGCCUGAACAUGUGUUCCCACGGAAACUGCUCAGAUGGGAUUAAAGACAUGUAUGACAUCGCCACUGGGUCUUCUACUUAAUUUUCUGCAAUUCUCAAUACCAAGUAUUUCAUUACCAAAUUUCCUUCAUACUGAUGAAAAUACAGUACCUACCUCUUAAAAAUGUAUAUUUAUUUGUCACUGAGGAAUCAGUGAAGAAUACAUUGGUGGUGUUUGGGAUUUUAGUCAUUCAUGGUCCUGUGGGAAAAGGCACGCUUUAAAGUGAUACUCCCUGUUAACAUUAAAACUUGGGGCACCUGCAUCCACCUGAAAUAAGACAUUUUAGUUGCUAUGUUUCUCACAUAAUUGAGAGUGUACCUCUUAAAAAGAAAAUUGUGAGGUUUAAUUUUUAUUUUAAAUAUUUUAAUUAAAGUAUUUCCAGAAUAUAUUUCAAACCACAAACUUUGCUGUCAGUAUACCUAAUGAUUCACCAUUUACAUCUAUGGAUCACUAUACCACAAGAUAGUGAUACUGUUGGGACACACUGAGAUAAAAAGUGUUCGCUUCUAUACCAAAUGCUCUACCACCACUGUCCUAUUAUGUUCUUGCAGUUGUUUUUUUUUUUAAUUUCCUAUAUCCUCCUUUUCUUUCUGCUGUCACUGCCUGCUGCUGUCUACGUGGUACCUGUAAAACUUCCUCUAAAUAACCAUUCAAAAUAAAUAAGCUUGUCAAACUGGUGAGCAAAACAAA